AAAAACUCUUUGGGGGUAUAAAAGCGCGCCACUGACCACAGACAGCAUCCAGUCAAAGGUUUGGAAUCGCUAGUGAUUCUACAAUCCUUCCACAGUCUAUUUCGCUGUUUCUGAGUUGCUUCCUUGGCAAGUCCCAUUAGACUCCACAAUGAAAGUAUUCAUCUGCCUAGCCGCUCUGCUGGUGGCCUCCGCCUGUGCCAGCAAAACCGAGGGUGAGAAGGUGCCGCUGGAGAAGAAGCUGGACAAGCGCGGUCUGCUCGACCUGGGCUACGGCUACGGGCAUGCUGGUCUGGACACCGGCUACCUGGGACACGGCUCCAUCUCCGGACACGGAAGCUACGGACACGGCUACGGACUGACCGGACACUCUGCACCCGCUGCCAUCGCCGUGGGCCACAGUGGACCCGCGAUCGCCGUCGGACACACCGCCCCCGCCGUCGCUGUCCACCACGCCCCCGCCCCCUAUGUGAUCAGCAAGCAGGCCGAUGUGCACAAGACCAUCACCAUCACCAAGGGAAUCCCAGUGCCCGUGCAUGUGGACCGCCCCUACCCCGUCGUCCAUGAGAAGCGCGUGCCCGUCGAGGUUAAGGUGCCCGUGCCCCAGCCCUACGAAGUCAUCCGCAAGGUGCCCGUGACCGUCAAGGAGUACGUCAAGGUGCCCGUGCCAGUGCCCCAGCCCUACGAGGUGAUCCGUCACGAGAAGGUGCCCAUCCACGUGCCCGUCGACCGCCCAGUGCCCGUCGAGGUGCCCAGGCCAUACCCCGUGCCCGUGGCCAAGCCCUACCCCGUCUACGUGGAGAAGGCCGUCAAUGUCCAGGUGCCCGUGCAUGUGGACCGCCCCUACCCCGUCUACGUGAAGGUGCCCGUGGUGUCCCACUCCGUGGUCAAGCACGCACCCACCGUCGCCGUCAGCAGCUACCCCGUUAGCGCCAUUGGCCACGACUCCACCGUCUACUCCGACCACCAUGGUUACCACAAGUAAGCGGACGGAACGGACCGGAAGCAGGCGAUUCCAUUGGAGCGAGCGGACCUUAUGGAAAUGAGCCGAAGGAAAUCUAGCAACAUUUUCAAUUAUCUUCCCCACUCUCUCCACCUGUCAGCCUUCCUCUCCAAACCCGAGCGAAAAAGAACUCUAAACCCUAAAAAUACCCCCUGGAAGUCCAACUUCCGCCCUGCCACUCUCUGUAGCUGAUAAGAACCCCCAAGAUGAAUCAAGCAAUGCCUUUUGUAAAUUAUUUCCAAUCCAGCCAUCCAAUGGAAGCCAUUGUGCUGGGCCACGAACUCCAGGUUUAGGAUAAAUACCAGCUAACUGUUUGUAAAUUUCGCCAUUUAUGGACAGCUUAGCUGGCCACGUUUAUCAGUGAAAGGUUUCGGCGCACAAUGAAUUGAAUGGAUAAUAAGAGCAGAAAUGUCUAUGUGAAAAUCUAUUAAGGACAAAUAAAAUAAAAUGUAUAAAAUAAAUUUCACCGUCUUUG